CAAUUUCGCAAGUAUAAAAGACUUGGACUCGCAUUCCCUGACGCCCACUCUCCGCAGGACAGGACAGAACUAGCAGAGCCUCCUCUGGGAUCGCCUUUAAGACUCCUCGGUUAGAUUUUCGGGACACCACAUCAAAGACAAACGACAACAUGAAGAUCUUCCUGGCCACCUUGGCGAUCCUCUUCGCCGUCGCCGCCUCGACCAAUGCCCAGGGCAUGGGCGACAUGCAGCAGCAGCAGCAGGACGAAUCGCCCAAGACCGUGGCGAGAGAGAUCUACAAGUCGGUAAGAGAGUUCUUGGAAGGCAACGACUACGUCGAGUUCCCCGUCCAGAAGAUGGUGAAGAUGCUCGCUGGCUCCAGCAAGUUCCUCGUCGACAAACUCCCUGACUUGAACAGCACAAAGAUUUCGCUCGAAAUCUACCUGCCCAGCUGCGGCUACAGCAACUGCGAAACCGAUGCCCCUAAAUGCAGCAGAGGCUUGGUAGCCGAGGAAGCAUUCGAACUAUACAAAGCUUGCAUCCCCGGUGCUAUAGCCGCAUACUUCAAUGGGGAAAGUCCACGGGCAAAAAUGACGGAGUGUGUGAUGACUCAAGUGGGAUUAACCUACGAUCCAUUCGACAACAAGGGCAACUUCAAAGCUAUGGUGGGAAUGACUCUGGACAGGAACCCGGAUCUGACCGCUCAAGCAAUAACCGCCGUGAAGACGGCAGUCACCGGCCAAGGAUGCAAGAUUCCAGAGGACGACUCUUGCAUCUUCGAAAUGAUGAAACUUCACGAGUGCCUCAUGAACACCUGCGUCAGCGCCAUGUACAGUUCCAACGCGUCAUUGGUAUAAACAUGAACCAGACAUGAACCAGUCUCCCGAGAAUACAAAAUCACCAGUAGCCGGCACAAAUUGGACCAAAAAAAAAAAAUUCGACAUCAUGAUGCUCAUAUGACUAAUGCAAUUAAAAUGAUGCUGAUAAUCAUAGUCUUCAGUAGAGUGUUCCAUUUCACCCACUUCCAGCAUAUAGUAAAACAUGCAGAUCACCUUGCAAACAAGGAAUGCAAGCGAGCAGCCUGUGACAAAUGCAAGGCUCGUCUCACCUGAUAUUAUCAUCUUUAACAUCUUUCAUCAUCUUUCGUAUCUUUUUUCAUUAUCUUUGAAAGUCCUUUUUAAUAGGGAAUAACAAACAUAGAUUUCACGGAAUAAUUUACAAUGUUUCAUAAAAUCUGCCUCAUAUAUUUCUGUGCUUCGUGAUCCAUUAGAUUUUCUCAAACCAGACAAUAAAACGCACUCACUCCAAACUUAAGUUUUUUUAUUAUUCCUUCCAGGAUUAACAAAAAUGGGAAAAUAAUAAGGAAAACCAUAGAUUUAAAAUAAUUCCCCAUGUUUCAUAAGCUCUGCCUCAUAUACUUCGGUGUUUCGUGGCCCAUUAGAUCUCCUCAAACCAGGCAAUAAAAUGCACUCAUUCUAAAUUUAUUUUUUUAAUGAUUCCUUCCAGAUUUAACAAAAACGAGAAAAUAAGGAAAACCAUAGAUUUCACGUAAUAAUUCACCUUGUUUCAUAAGUUCUGCUUAUGAAACUUGUGUGUUUCGUGCCCCAUUUGAUCUUCUCAGCUGCAAAACAGACAAUAAAAUUGCACUAAUUCCAAAA